AGCAAUACUACAAAGUGUGUUUUGAGUGAAAGAUAAUGAAGUCUGUUUCCAUAUUAGCUCUCUUGGUUCUCUUUCUAGUGGUCUCUGAAACACCGAAGAUAAAAGCCAACAACAAUGCAUGUUUCGAGGAAUACAAUCCUACCGGAGAUGAAACGCCGGAUUUUCUUCUUUGUAGGGUUCCGGUCUAUCCGUCCCUAUGUUACAAGAAGUGCCAAGAAACUCGAGAGGGAGCAAAAGGAGGGAAAUGCAAAUUCGAUAUAAACCCUGCAGAUAGUAAAUGCUUUUGCAACUAUUGCUCUGAUGAUUCCAUUCCACUCUACUUAACCAAAUCAAUCGUUAUGUAGUAGUCAACAAACUGCAGUUGCUAAGCCUGCUACAUGUGCAACCACGUGCAGACUGAUCUUUCAAACUUUUAUGUCUCUCUGUUUAAAUAUGUAUGUUGAUGUUGCCAUUUGACAGAUUUAUAAAUUAAAGGAACAUAUAAAAUAUGGGAUUUGAAAUUUCAUGUGUUAUACAAGUUUU